CGUGGACCCACGUCGUGAACUACGAGAACGAGACCCCAGUUGUUGUUGGUGUGAAUGAACAAGCGAUUUGUACGAGGUAGUGGUGCUGUUCUGUUGCGUGAACAAAUUGAGGUGUGCAUGUUCAUUAUUGGGCACCGAUGGAUUCAGUUUCUGUGCAAAUAGCGACGUCAAAAUUUGUUCUUUGCCCCGCGGCCACGGCCAGUUCUAAGAAGAAUGCCAUCAUCAAUUUCAGUUCCAAUUUCAAAGGAACUCUCACCAAAAUCCAUGCCAUUUCCCCAAAUGGCUCUGCCUCUAGCUGCACUUCGCGUGUGUCUGUGUCAAGUUUAAAGACAGACAAGAACAAAGGCAGAAGUAAUCUUGAAUCCCUGUUUUGUUAUGAUAAGGCUAUUCCAGAAGAAAUAAUUGAGAAACCUGUUGGGUUAUCUUUGGAAGAGAAAGCUAUUGGUAACAAUCCCCGAUGCACUGAUUGCCAGGCCAAAGGUGCUGUGCUUUGUGCCACUUGUGCUGGUUCUGGUCUAUAUGUUGACUCCAUAAUGGAAAGCCAGGGCAUAAUUGUUAAAGUUCGUUGCUUAGGUUGCGGGGGAACAGGAAAUAUAAUGUGUGCAGAAUGUGGCGGACGAGGUCAUCUGGGACCAAAAUGAUCAAGUCUAACUUUUUGGAGUUUUACUGUACCAACAAUAUGUAAUAUCUUUGUUGAUAUUGCUUGUACCCAUUUUUUAUUUUUUUAUAAAUCAAGGAGUCGUUACGACUGAAACCCAAGAUAUUUACCAAAAUCUCUGCUAUUCCUCACGCAUGAACUUAAGUUUAGAUGGUUGUCAUAUUUAUUCUUAAGUUUCUCUUAGUAUUUUCUUUGCUCACACCUCACAGUGAUGAUUACCUGUAAUACUUUUACAUGAUUGAAAGUUACAUACAGUUGAUUUAUUAAUGAAC